CAGCCAGCCAUUUCUGCAAAGAAAUUGCCACUGUGCCACCACCAGUAUCCUCCAUUAUCCUCCAUCCCGCAAAGCAGCUGUAGCCAAGCCUGUGGGACCCACCUAGUCCCAACUUGGCUCCCUAUGGGGGAAUCCUGCUGACCAGGCUGCAUCAAUACACCUGUCUUCGAAACAGGAAAGAUCUGAUACCUCUUCUAGGAAGAAUCAUGGCACACAACCAGCAGUUUCCAGCCAAGACCCCCAUCAUCAAAUUCAAGGAGCAGGACUUUUACUCCUUGUGGGAUCAUUGCCUAAACAGAGGGCUGCUGUUUGAGGAUGAGACAUUCCCUGCCGAGACUUAUUCCAUAGGUCUGCAGCUCCUCAAGGGAAAAAACCUCUCCAACCUAAGCUGGAUGCGGCCAAAGGAUUUAUUGAAGGGUAAAUCAGAGCCUCUCUUCAUCCUGGAAGGUGCGAGCAGAUUCGAUAUCCAACAAGGAGAGGCAGGGGAUUGCUGGUUCCUGGCAGCACUGGGGGCCUUGACACAGAGUCCACGGUACCUGCAGAAGAUCCUCAUAGACCAAAGCUUUUCAUACCAGUAUGCGGGGAUUUUCCAUUUUCGGUUCUGGCGGUGUGGCCAGUGGGUGGAAGUGGUCAUUGACGAUCGCCUACCUGUCCUGAACAACGAGUACCUCUUUGUCAAACCUCGCAACAAGCGAGAGUUUUGGCCGUGCCUGCUGGAGAAGGCCUACGCCAAGUUUCAUGGGUCCUAUGCCAACCUGCACUAUGGCUACCUCCCCGAUGCCCUGGUGGACCUCACAGGAGGGGUGGUCACCAACAUCAGCCUGCACUCAUCCCCGCCUGACCUGAUGACGCUGGUGAAGACGGCAGCGGAGGCAGGCUCUCUGAUGACCUGCGGCACCCUGGCCGGGCCCGUAAGCGAGUCCACGAGGAUGGCAAAUGGCCUGGUGAGCCGGCAUGCCUACACGGUGACUGGCGCUGAGCAGAUUGAGUACAGGAGGAGCUGGGAGUAUCUUAUCCGCCUGUGGAACCCCUGGGGCAAGACUGAAUGGAGAGGGCGCUGGAGCGACCGGUCUCCGGAGUGGCAGGAAACCCACGACCAACGGAAAAGCCAGCUGUAUGAGGAUAAGGACAAUGGCGAGUUUUGGAUGUCAUAUCAAGAUUUCCGAGAUAACUUCUUCGGCCUGUUUAUAUGUAACCAAGUUCCAAUCAGCCUGGACCAUGGAAGCAUGCUCCAUGAAAGGUGGUCCCAAAUGACGUUUAAGGACCACCUAAUUCCAGGAAACACUGAAGGAUACCAGAGGGGCAUGCAAUACACCUUCUCUGUGCCAGACAGCAUGGAAAACAACAAUGUCAUCAUGUCCUUCAACAUUGGGCCACAAAAUAUAAAGGCAAAAGACAGGACAUUUCCAGUGAAGUAUGAGGUGUUCAAGGUCGACUAUCAGUUCCAGCACUUCCAAGACAGAUUGCCAUCCACCUUCUUCUCCAAAUUCAGGAUUGCUGAGAAGGGCAUUGUGUCUGAAACCACAUGCAACCUCACAGAGUGCUUCAGUCUGAGCCCCGGGACCUACGUGGUGGUCGUCUCCGAGGGCAGAGAAGGUGUUGAAUUCUUGCUCCGAAUCUUCCUGAAGAUGCCAGACAGUGACAGGAACCUGGACGGCAGUCUCAACCUGAUAGCCCUGCAGGCAAGUCUUCCAGGAAAUGGCUCCCAGCAGAGCAUUUUCUACAAGUAUGCUCAGCAGGGGCUGGACAUUGAUGCUACGCAGCUUCAGAGCCUUCUCAACCGGGAAUUCCUAAGAGGACCUCCAGGGGACGCGUUCUCCUUGGACGAGUGCCGCAGCAUCGUGGCUCUGAUGGAUCUGAAGGUGAACGGGCGACUUGACCAAGAGGAGUUUUCAAGGCUGUGGAGCCGCAUUGUCCACUGCCAGAGUGUUUUCCAGAAUUCCCCAAAGAAUGCUGGCAUUUUCCUCAGCUCGGAUUUGUGGAAGGCCAUAAAGGACACAGACUUCCUCGCAGGGAUCUCCGUCACCAGCGAGCUGCUGGACCUCAUGAAACUCCGGUACAGCGACAACACUGGCAGGGUCAGCUUCCCCAGCCUGGUCUGCUUCCUGAUGCGGCUGGAAGCCAUGGCAAAAGCUUUCCGGAACCUCUCCAAGGAUGGAAAAGGACUCUACCUGACAGAAAUGGAGUGGAUGAACCUGGUGAUGUACAACUGAAGCCAGGAAAAGAACAGGCACCAGAGCCCAGGGAAAGAGCCAGAAAUUACAUCCGUUCAAAAAUAUCCUGCCUCUCUCACAGAUAAAUAUAGCGACAUGGGUAGACGUGCCACCGAAUAAAACUCUCAAAACAAAUCCGGGAAGAAUCACUUGAAGAGGCUGCCACUGCUGGCUCUGUCCUGCGGUUCCUCUGUCCCCCAUCUCCCGACCCCACGCUCCCCGCAGCGACCAGGAGGCAGAGCGAGGAGGGAGGUCUGUGGCAUUUUCCCCCAGCAUUCUGGCCAAGGGGAGGGGUGGCGGGAGCCAUGAUGCUCCUUCAGGGGUUGCUGGUCAGAGGGGCUCAAUUGCCAGUGUCCCCUCACCACCACGGGGAAGAGUUUGAGAGACCACUUCUCUCUGUGACAGAACAGGAGGGCAGCCCCACAGAGACGUAUUUACCAAGCGUGGUGGCUGGAACUAAGGACCUGUGACUUGGACUCAAGGGCACCAUUAAAACCAUUUGGCCACCAGCACAGCAGAGACACCUACCAGCCAGAACGGACAUUGCCAGAGGGAAGGUGCAGUCAUCCUAGCACUGCAUGCCAGCUGAGACUCAGCCCCCCUUAGAGGCACAUGCAGUCAGUCCUUCCAGCAGCCUAUGAAGGAGGCAUCAUCAUCCCAUUUUCCAGAUGGGGAGACUGAGGACAGGAGUGAUUCAGUGAUUGAUCCAGGGUCCUGUGGCAGGUCAUGGCAGAGCUGGGCACUGGCUCUUCUGAGAGUGUCAGGGAGGCCACCCUGCCACCGUGUACAGAAGGGUGGAAGGUCUACUGGCCCCCAGUCCAGCCUGGCCCAUCAGCAGAAGCCUCCGCAGCUGGGUCACUGAAGGGGCUACCAGCAUCCUAAGCCCUGCGGGAACAGAGGGUUGUUGUGGGUCUUUGAGGAGGAAGGAUAGAGCCAUUUUGCAGUUGUGAGCUUCUUGCUACCUAAUACUCUCCUCACCUCCUGCCUCAGCCUGGACCCCUCACUGUCCAGUGCCUCAAGUAUCUGUCGGGCCACCUCUGCCAUAGGCCUGGGACACCUCUCUUACCUGGCCAAGAAACAGCACUUUAGGCCAGCUCUGAGCUCCAAUAAAAAAGUUUCUUAACAUCUUUUGGACCUGUGGAGUGAGACCAACCUGGAUUCAAAUGCCCGCUCUGCCACUCCCAGCUCUUGGGAAAAGUAACGUCUUAUUUAUUAGUUUCUUAUUGCUGCCGAGACAAAAGUCCACAAACUUAGUGCCUUAAACAAUCUUACAGUUCUGAGGAAAGGUGCCAAAAUCGGUCUCACUGGGUUAAAAUCAAGGUGUCUGCAGGGCUGUGCUCCUUCUGGCUCCAAGGGAGAAUCCAAUUCCUUGCCUU